AAGGAGAGUGGAACUGUCCUAAGCGUGUAGUCAUUUCAGUAAUGUUGGCCUAGAUGGAGGCCAUUCGUAUUGGGCGGUUGCUUGUGGGUCCUCGGAAUGCGACCUAUCCUUAUUAGGCUAUAGACGUAUUAGUCUGAUCUUUAGGUAUCCCUUUAGGCAUCUAGGCAUAAAUGAACGCGACAUAUGACGCGUUUUGUUAUCUGGCGGUUUGCUUGGAACUUAAUGAGCUUGGUGCUUAUCGGAUCUCAGAGGUACUAGCAGCCCCAAAAAGACUAACUAGACCAGGCGCACUCCGGCUUCCAGCUGGGCCUCGACUAGAUCAAAGCGACCUCGAAGGAGGUCACUCGCAUACGAGUAAACGCAAAGCCGGUCCUUUGCCUUGCCACCAGAAAUGCCUCUGUCACAACAAGCGAAAGAUAUCAUUUCCGAGCUCCCACUCGACGAUACGCUCGAUUCCUCUCAACGUAAGUUGGGCAAAAAUCUCGACAAUCCACGACGCGAGGACAUCGCGAGCCUUCUGGGAGCUCUUGUCAUAUCACCAACCGCAUUCAAGCUUUCGUCUCCCGAUGGAAGCGGCAAUGUGGCAGCUAAACUAUUUUCCAUACAACAGCAUGUCCGAGGGGGCUUGAUGAAGCUUGACCACUUCUACUCGCUCUUCCAUCACGUCGUCUCCAACUCGUCCGACAUCGACAUCUGGGAAGCUGUUUUCGACAUCAUCGACAACCUCGGCGUCCUCACGCCUCCCCCAUCCAGUAUCGCUCCGACCUUCCAAGGAACGCCUGUUAGGUCUAGCUCGAGUCGACUUUCGGAUCGCGAACCGCGCAACAUUGUCGAAAGGGAGCUCUUUUUUGAGAUCAGGGACUGCACUUUCCGUGACGUGGGGGGGUUCUGCGACAAAUUUUUCAAUACGAAGAGCUGGGACGAGAGACAGAAAGAGAUGUUGGAGUCUGUAAUGGCAGAACAUGACGGAAACAGGUGGAAGACAUUCCCGACCGUUCCCGCCGAACGACUGGUUUGGGACUGGCUUCGUUCCCUAGAAGACGGCGCGCUGAGCGGUGCGCCACACAAGCUCUAUACUACUAAGACGGCCCAUGAGUUUAAGGAACCCAAAGGCCAAAUAGAUCUAUUUUUCCAGUUACCUGCGCCAGAACCGAGCGGCAAACUCGAGUACAAGCACGUCCUUGUAGUUGGAGAACAGAAGUCGUCCUACGACACGGGCCGCUUUAAAGCGGACUUCCUCCAGCUCACGCGUCUCGUACGAGGUGUUUUCACCGACCAGCCAACACGCCGAUUUGUCCAUGCAUUUACCCUUAUUGCUUCCAUGAUGGAGCUGUGGGUCUUCGACCGAUCCGGGGCGUAUAGCUCAGGCGCUUUUGACAUUCACAACGAGCCUGGCAGAUUUGCGCGCGCUCUUAUCAGCUACGCCACGAUGGAUGAUAAUGCCAUGGGCUUGGACACGUUCAUCGAGCGGGAGGGCAAGCAUCACUACGUUACGGUGGACGAUGUAGACAGCAAUAAAGCGAGAAUCAGGCUGUUGAGACCAAUCGUGAGGCAGAGUGCUAUCGUCUGCCGCGGGACCACGUGUUAUGAGACCCAAGAUGGUCAUGUUGCGAAGUUCUCAUGGGCAUCAGACAAGCGCAAGCUGGAGGUGAAACAGCUGAGGCUAGCCGAGACUAAGGGCGUCAGGGGGGUAGCGAGGGUCGUCGCACACAGUCAGAUCACCACUAUUGACGAGCUGCGGCAAGGUCUGGAGUUUGAGAAGCGUCAUAAGUUCCGUAAUGACGAUGUCCACUUUGAAGAUAUACCAUCGGUUGGAACCAUAGAUAUAUCAAGCCAGAAGCGAAAGUCGGCGUCCGAUCAUUGGUCUGAUGCGUCGGAAUCUAAAAAGCCACGGUCCAACAGCCAACAGUCAACACUGGUGGUCCGAAAGCAGAACAGCAAACAGAGAAUCAGCACGGGCAAGCCCAGCCUAUACAACUCCGACGGGGACAUGUGGGAAAAUAGGAUUUAUUCCUGCCUCGUCAUCUCGCCGGCCGGCCGGGUGAUCAGCGACUUCCGGACGAUCAAGGAACUGCUGGGGGCGGUACGGGAUGCCAUUAGGGGACACCAGUCACUAUAUGAGACGGGCAAUAUACUCCACCGCGACAUUUCGUCUAAUAACAUUAUUAUAACGAAACCCGAGAUGGCAGGCGGCUUCAACGGCAUGCUCAUCGACCUCGACCUGGCCAAGGUAAGAGAUAGCGGCCCGAGCGGAGCGCGACAUCAGACCGGCACGAUGCAAUUUAUGGCGGUGCAGGUGCUGCGCAAGACCGAUCACACCUACCGCCACGACCUCGAGUCCUUUUUCUACGUACUGCUCUGGAUGUGCGCGCGCCAAUCGUGGAGGAAUGGGUUCGCUAGUAGUGGGGAGAAGCCGCCUAAGGAAAGCGUUCUACGGGGGUGGGAGAUAGGUAGUUUUAAAGACAUUGCCCGGACGAAGGCAGGCGAUAUGACCGUGGACGGACUAGAAGGUAUUAUGACCGAAUUUCCAGGCAUGUUCAACCAUGUUCAGCCGCUCUGCUUGCGGAUCAGGAAGAUCCUCUUUCCCCUCGAUAAAGACGAAAGAAUGAGCUUUGGAACCCCUGCUGGCGAUCCUAAUCAACUCUACAGCCCUAUCAUCGCGGCGUUUGAUGAUGCUGUUAACAAUAUGUAGGGAAUUCUUCUUAGCAUCACCGAUUCGUUACUGGGUCAGGAUAAGGGUGGUGCAUCAGUACUUAGUAAUACAUCUAUUAUUUAUCAAAU